AGGUGCACGAGAAAAAAAAAAAUGGAGCUGGGACUUCUCGUGCGGCUCACCCAUUGAACGCGAAAGGUGAAAAGUACUACGCGGCAAGGUCGAGACGACGAUAACCGGACCUGCUUACAUGCGGACGAAAAGACAAUAAAUCGAUAGCACAGGGCAGUGGAAAUGUCGCAGGAUCGAUUGCUAGACGAUGAAACUGCGGACAGUGUUGCAGCAACAGCGUUUGCUGCGUACUCUCGGUGUCCAUCAAAGACGAAGCCUACCACAAGACCUGAUGGUACACCAGAAUGGACUAAUCUGGCAGCUAUCGUCUUAUUAAGAGCGACCCAUCAGGAGCAGGUUUGCGUAGCUCUAGCGACUGGAGUGAAGACUACACCGGACAAAACUAUCCGGUCUGCGAAGGGCCGAAUUCUGCAUGACUGCCAUGCGGAGAUACUCGCACUACGGGCAUUCAACAGGUUCUUGAUUAAUGAGUGCUUGAAGAUCCAGGAAAAUCCCAGUUACCUCUCGCGGUAUAUAAUAGUCAAAAAUCAGCAAGUUACGGCACCCAGGUCGACAUCCACUGGGAAUAAUAUUAAGGCUCGAUACUCGCUUGAUCCGGAAUGGAGGAUAUGUAUGGUCAUCACGGAGGUACCAUGCGGGGAUGCAAGUAUGGAGAAUUUGGGAGCUGGAAUAGAAGAGAACUGGAGCUCAGGCGAGCUGGAUGAGACAUUUCCAUUGAGAGGGCGAGCGUAUUUCGCCAAACUUGGAGUUGUGCGCACAAAGCCAGGACGAUCUGACGCUCCGCUGUCGUUGAGUAAGUCUUGUAGCGAUAAACUGAUGCUGAGGCAGCUGACUUCGGCGAUACAGUCACCAGCGAACCUGGUGAUCGAUCCCAAGAACGCAUACAUAUCCACGCUACUUGUACCUAAAGACAGGCUCAACUGUGCCUCGUUCGAACGGGCGUUCGGGCGAGCGGUAGGACUUCUUACAAGUACGAACGGCAAUAGAUACAGAGAUGUUCGCUUCAGAUGGGCGACGUUUCGAACGCCAUAUGAGCACUCGCGCGAUGCAGCCGGAGAGCAGGGCAAGCCGAGUAACGUGUCACUGAUCUACGUACUGAACGGAUCGACACAAGCCGAGGCGGUGAUCAAAGGAAUCCGCAUGGGUGCAAAGACAGGGACUGCAGCGUCGGCAAGCACGGUGUCGCGGGCGUGCUUGGCCGAGGACGUGGUAAAGCUUCUCCAAGCAGGGCCAGCAGAUAGCCGGCGAACAUACUCUGAGCUGAAGAAAGCCGAUUCGGAACGCGUUAGGUUGAAGGAGACGGUGCGCCAGAGCCUCGAAGGAUGGCAAUCGACUGCGGAAGACGAGUUCGCGCUGGACGAACGAGUUCCCAGUGAGCGUGCGGCUCAGGACGGUUGCCGAGCGGGCUCCGAAGCGACCGCCAGUAGCCGCCCAUCGCCAGCGAAGAAGCCACGGAAAGAGCGCAGUUGAGAGAAGGAAAGAAGCCAACCGAGAUUGGUUUCUCUAAUAAAAGACGCCAUCCAGCGGCCCCGCAAGAGACAAAACAAAACACUACGCCUGCCUGCCUGCUUCACGACCCUGAAUUUGGCCCUUCUAUCAUGUCGUAGGCCUCCCCCGCGCGCUUCCUCCGCUCACAACCCUACAAUGUCAAAGCACCGAACCCUACAUCGCCGGUCCCGCUGCGAUUCCGCUGGUCCGUUCACCUGACUCGG